GCUAACCCCGACCUGCCCAGGGCCCCAGCCUCCGCCGCGGGGGUGUGUGUGGAGCUGCUGGUUAGCUCCGCGCUAGCGACGUGGGAGUUUCCGGGGCCUGAGACCCGGUGGCGACCCGGCUUCCCGGGAUGUCGGUGGCCUUCGUCCCGGACUGGCUGAGAGGCAAGGCGCAAGUCAAUCAGGAGACAAUCCAGCGGCUCCUGGAGGAGAAUGACCAGCUGAUCCGCUGUAUCGUGGAGUACCAGAACAAAGGCCGGGCGAACGAGUGCGUCCAGUACCAGCAUGUGCUACACAGAAAUCUCAUUUAUUUGGCUACCAUUGCAGAUGCCAACCCAACCAGCCCUUCGAAAGUGAUGGACUAAUCUUCCAGUUGCCUGUUCUGAGGAGUAACUGAAAGUAAUACAUUUCCUGUGACACAGAGACAGGAUCUUUACCACCUCACCUGCUGAAAACAUGAAGGAAAUCUCCGUGUCUCUUUUGAGUGUGAAAAUGUGAAGAACUAAAAUAACUGUAUGUCGGUGUAAAUAUUUAUUUUAAUAAUUAAGCAGAUCCCC